GUGUGUAGGAAAUGAUGAUCUCACAUUGAAAGCAUUUAACAACAGCACGGGUGUAGGUGUUACAUUGUACAGAGAAAUCCGGUGGUUAAAUCUAUUAAACGUAGUCAAUAUAGAGUGUUGAAGCCAAAGCUCGAAUUUUCUCCUUGUGUAACGACUAUACAGCAGGAUCCUAAUUUAGGACAGAAGAUAUUUACUUUCGAUAUAAAAGUACAACAUGAAGUAUUGCAAAGACUUGAAUUUCACUCAGACGUGGGUAAACCAAGGACUGAAUCCAUGUUUCAUUGAUACUGUCACCUCAGGCAUAUUAUUCCUUCACAUUUUGUUAUUUGGCUGCAUCCAAUGUUCACUGUACAGAAAAUAUGCCACCAAACUGCCCGAGAAAAACCUUCCAGGUUCCUGUGGAUUCACCCUGCAGGUCAUGCUGAGCUUUAUUCUCAUGCUGGAGGCUGUAAUUCACACAAUUCUCUGUGACACCUCCAUACGCGAUCAGACUGUAGCGGGGUACCAGGUUUUUACCGCCAUUGCCCUGGUUUACUGCUGGAUAGCAUCCAUCAGGCUUUUGUUUUACGAGAGGAGACAGAUGCUGCCCUCUAUACCAACUCGAGGUCACGGCCUAAUUUUACUGGUCUUCUGGAGCCUCGUUUUCAUUAAGGAGAACUUGUCUUUUAUAUCAUGGGAGAGUUCAAAUUACUGGUGGUCCCUGAAGGGGUACUCAGAUCACAUAGAAUUAGGUCUGUGGAUUGUUCGAUACAGUUGUUCUUUGAUGCUUCUGAUUUUGGGAUUUUUGGCUCCUGGUCUAAAUAGAAACCUGUACCAUCUUCUGACUGAUGUAGAAAAUGGCCCCACUCCAGAAGUAGCACAGAAUCAGUCUACUUGGAAGAAUGUGUGGUCAAAACUUAAGGUUAUGAUUCCAUUUGUAUGGCCCAAGGGGAGCUAUUGGAGGCAGGGGCUGGUCCUUGUCUGCCUGCUUCUUCUGGGGGCAGGGAGGGGGAUAAAUGUACUGGUCCCUCUCUACAGCAAAUACAUCAUAAACAGCCUGACUGUCCAACCCAACACACUUGGAGAUGACCUUGCUGAAUUGAAGGUCACGAGGCCAGAGUUUCGAUAUGAUUAUAUACUCAUUUAUUGCUUACUUAUUUUUCUCAAGGGAGGAGGAACAGGUACCACAGGGUUUUUAAACAAUGCCAGGUCAUUCCUAUGGAUACCAGUUCAACAGUAUACAACUAGAAGAAUCCAAGUUCGCUUGUUCAAUCAUUUACACAGAUUGUCUCUGAGGUGGCAUCUUCAGAGGAAGACGGGGGAAGUGUUACGAGUGAUGGACCGAGGGACGAAUAGUAUCAACAAUCUACUCAGUUACGUGGUGUUCCAGAUCUUGCCAACAAUCGUCGACAUUAUCAUCGCUAUCGUCUAUUUCGUCACAGUUUUCAACUACAUCUUUGGGCUUGUUGUCUUUCUCUGCAUGGUUCUCUAUCUAGCUGUUACCAUUUGGAUCACUGAAUGGAGAACUAAAUACAGACGAGAGAUGAAUAAACUGGACAAUGAGAAAAACUCCAAGGCAGUGGAUUCCCUGCUCAACUUUGAAACGGUUAAAUAUUAUGGAGCUUCAGAAUUUGAGACUAACAGAUUUGAUACAGCAAUAAAAGAUUAUCAGAUUGCAGAGUGGAAAUCGACUGCCUCGCUCAACCUCCUGAACUCCCUCCAGAACACGGUGAUAACCUUCGGAACGAUCAGUGGCUCUCUGUUGUGUGCAUAUGCAGUGGUGUACUCUAUCAGUGACCUUCACCUCACGGUGGGGGACUACGUUCUGUUCGGGACGUACCUCAGUCAGCUGUAUGGACCACUCAACUGGUUAGGAACUUAUUACAGAAUGAUACAGCAGUCUUUCAUUGAUAUGGAGAACAUGUUUGAACUGUUGGAUGAAAGUCAAGAGAUUAAAGAUAUCCCGGAUGCUAAGAAUAUCGCAGUUACCAAUGGUAAAAUAGAAUUCAGAAAUGUCAACUUCCAUUAUGAAGAAAGUAAAAAGAUUCUGAAGGAUGUUUCCUUUGUGGUACCAGCUGGACAGACUUUUGCACUAGUAGGUCACUCGGGCAGUGGAAAGAGCACCAUUAUCAGACUGCUAUUCAGAUUUUAUGAUGUUAUUUCAGGGAAGAUCCUUAUAGAUGGUCAAGACAUUUCACUGGUCAAACAAGAAUCUCUCCGACAGCAAAUUGGUGUUGUGCCCCAGGAUACCGUCUUGUUUAAUGCUGAUAUCCGCUAUAAUAUACGUUAUGGUAAUGUUGACGCUAAUGACAAACAGGUGGAAGAAGCAGCUGAUAAUGCAGAUAUUCAUGAGAGAAUUUUAUCUUUUCCUGAUGGUUAUAACACAGUGGUUGGGGAGAGAGGACUUAAGCUAAGUGGUGGAGAGAAACAGAGGGUGGCUAUAGCCAGGACUAUACUGAAGAACCCCCAGAUUGUCCUGCUGGAUGAGGCUACAUCUGCGUUGGACACCAAGACAGAACGUAACAUACAGACAUCCCUGGAGAGAGUUUGUGAGAACAGGACUACCAUAAUUGUGGCUCACAGACUCUCCACCAUUAUACAUGCUCAUCAGAUCCUAGUUAUGAAAGAAGGGGUGAUCGUAGAAAGGGGAACUCAUGAUGAGCUUCUCCAAGUGAAUGGUUUCUAUGCCGACAUGUGGCAUCAACAGCUGACUAAGAAAGAGGAAGCGGGCGAUGACAAACACAAUGGGAACGGAACUGUCAGUUCAGGAAGUAUAAAUAAUGAUGCUGAUGCUUCCUAAGUGCAGUUUAUUCUGUCUUUCAUGAUCAGAUUUAAAUAUUUUUUUUUCUUCAAUUCUAAUAGAAGGAAUAAUAAUCAAAUAUAUUAUGUAUUUAUACCAGGUGUAUGGUAAUGUCUUGUGUAUGCACUAUUUGUUUAAUUAAUAUUUUGUGAUAUUCAGUUGUCUUAUUGUGCUUUUUUUCAUAAACAAAGGAUCUGAUUUUAGAUACAUAUUGAAUUUUACAUGUACCUUAAUUUAAAUUUGCCAAUGUUCUGUCAGUCAUAACCAUACUCUUUAAAUCUUGGAUUUUACUUCAUUUAUAACUGCAUCACUUCUCAACUGAAAUAACCUUUGAACUAUUUCAUUGUGUCCUUAUUUGGUCUCAGAGGAUUAGAAAGAAAGAGGCAGAAGCUAGAAUAUGGGAGGUGAUAAGUGAUAAAGCAGUGUUAUAGUUUUGGUGAAGUGUCAUGUUGUAAAUUUUGAAUUUACUGGGUGGCAGUAAAUACAAAAUUAAAACAUGACAGAAGUAAAUGUAUGCAUAAUAAAUCAUGUAUCAAGUUUCAUUAAGAUAAGGUUUAUAGUAAUUUAGGUAAAUUAAAAUGUUAUUGUGUAAGUCAAAAAUGUCCAUUUAUAAGCAUGUAUCAGAGUUUUUACCAAUUGAAAAUUGAAAUUCGUGUUGAUUUCUAGCAUGUCUCUUCACCACCAAUGCAAAUUAGUGUGGUUCCACAAUGUCUGUUGUCACUCCAUAUAUAUACCAACAAAAAAUAGACACUUAAAAUUUCUUGUUCUUUCUAUUUACCUGUAGAAGUUCCUAGGACAUGGGUUAUUCCUGUAGUUAUUUGUUAGUUAUGUAAAUAUUACUGUGAAGAUUUUAAAAUAUAUGCCAUAAGAUGGUAUAGUUAGAGAUCUCUGUCAACACACUUUUAAAAACUCUACAAUAAUGAAAUUUAGUGCCAUAAAUACAGAUAACAGUAUGUCUGUGAUAUGAUGUAUAAAGUUUCAGUUAUAUCUUUAAAGGAAAGUUGUAAGGGAAAUUCAUUUUACCAUAGUUUUUAGCUCUACUAAUCAGAGACUGUCUGUCUGUAAACAAUUUUUUGAAAUGCUUUUCCUCCUACAGUUUUGGUCCAGUUUAAUAAGACUUAGACACAGGUAGACUAUACUAAAAUAUAUAACUCUUUAUAUUAGUUUUUGAUUUCGACAAAAGGUGUUGCAAUGGUUAUUAUAAAAAAAGAAAUUUCUUUGAUUUUUUUUUUCAUAAUGCUACUCCUACAGUUUUGGUCCAAUUUCAGUAAGACUGUGAUGAAUAAUUCUAUGUAUUUUUAUAUUUCUAAAAAUGGUGUUGCCAUGGUCAGUAAAUAUAAAAAUUUCUUUAAAAUUCUUUCCAAUUGCUAUUACUAAAGUCCCCCCCCCCCCCCAAUUUCAAGAAAAACAUGGUACACAAGUAAACUGUACUAAAAUACAUAAUUCUGUUUAUCAGUUUUUGAUUUUGACAAAAGGUGUUGCCAUGGUUACUAAAAAAAGAUUUUUUUUGAAAUUCUCUCAAAAUGCUACUCCUCCUACAGUUUUGGUCCAAUUUCAGUAAGACUUGGUACACAAGUAUAUACUAAUUAAGGUACAUAACUCUGUUUAUCAAUUUUUGAUUUUGACAAAAGGAGUUCCAUAGUUACCAGAACUAGAAAUUUCUUUGAAAUUCUUUCAAAAUUCUACUUCUACAGUUUGGUCUGAUUAAACUUUUUCACAAGUAGACUAUACAGUGUGGAUUCGUUAUUACGGUGACGGUUUUAUAAGAUAAAACGCUUAUUACGUUGUAAAUUCAAAGCACAAAACCAUUUCUUAACAAAUCUAUACAAAAUAGAACCGUUUAUUACGAUGUCCUAAAAUGCCGGGACUCGGUAUUACGAUGUAAAAAUUCUGUCCAAAAUUUUUUUUUCACUCCGUGUUUAUUCAGUGUUGAUCGACGGUAGACACUUAAGGAGACGCUAAAUAAACAUUGAAACACCUGUGCUCUGACAGAGUGUUAACUUGCAGGGCCGUUAGGUGAUUAGUGACGCUUGACUGCACACACCUUGACUGUUCUAGCGAGGUCAGCAGAACUGGAGACAUCGUGUCAAAGCCAUUGUUAAACAAUUAAAUUUAAACUGUUUAUUUAAAAACGUAGUCUCUAGUUUAUCUAUGUCUGUAAAGUUUAUUUUAUCUUUUAUACUUUGGUUAAUAAAUAAAAUUAAUUUAUUAAAUAAAAGGUUACAUUUAAUCUUGUGCCUGUAUGUUAAACACGUAUUGUGUAAUUUCGUUUGCAAUUAAAUUGCGGUAAUGGACAGCUUGGGUAUCAAACAUAAUUUUGGCCAAAUUUGAACUUCACUUACGUUUUAACAGCUUUGAUUGUGGCUUGGACUACCUCACAGGUGUCAGCAGAAAUACAAAUCGAUAAUUGCUGAACUGCUAAUUGAACUCUGUUCAGUAAUUUAAAAAAUUAAAUUUAUUUUGACAUAUAGCUUGUACGUUGUCAAAUUCCGUCCUUAAAUAUGCCAGUCACACUCUUUCAUCAGUUGUUCACUGCUGCUCUAAGCUCAUUGAACACCCAAAAGCUCACUAAAAAUUGUUGUUUUUAUGUAGUAAACGACUUUAAAUUGAAUACGAAGACGGCUUGUUGAAUUUUUUACGAACGCAUUAUCUACAGAGUCAGAAACGAAAGUAAAAGUAAGGAAAUGGCGGUAGAUAAAUGAAGAUCCGAUAGAUCGCCGAAGUUUUUAUAAGAAAUAUACGUAUUUCUUUUAAAAUGAAAGAAAUAGAAGAAAUAUCACCAUGAAGAUAUCUAUUCAAGAUAAGUUGUUAAUAAAUCAUAUAUGUAUCAGCGUUUUGAUUAGGAAUUAGAACAGAAGAAGGGAACAAAAGGGCAAAAAUACACCUUCCACAAAAAUAACAAACUUUCAAAACGAUGUUUUAAUGGAUUUUAUUGGGAACUUUUAUUACGUUGCCCUCGGUAUUACGAUAUUUUCCCGUGACAAAAUGAACAUCGUAAUAACGAGACCGCACUGUACUAAGAUACAUCUUUUUAAACUCUAAUGGUCAGAGACAAGAAGAGCUAGCUUAUGCGAUAGUAAGGUGUCUGUCGUCUGUAAACAAUUUUUCAAAAUGCUACUUCUCCUACAGUUUUGCUCCGAUUUCAGUAUAACUUGGCACACAAGUAGACUACACUUAAAUAUAUAAUUCUAUUUAUCGGUUUCUGAUUUUGAUGAACAGUGUUGCCAUGGUUACUAAAAAUAGAAAUUCUGUGAACUAAUUUCAAAAUGCUACUUUCCCUACAGUUUUUGUCUGAUUUCAAUGUUAAUUGGAACACAAGUAGACUACACUAUGAUACAUAUUUAAAAUUCUUUAUAUCAGUUUUUGGUUUCAAGACUAAACUAAAGAUCAUUAUUCUAAUUCAUUGCUUUUGCAUAGUUUCAAGUCCAAGUGCUACAUUUCUCUUCCUUUGAUAAAUGUACGAAGCAGUAGAGCUACAGUCUCGUCAGAGACUUCUGGUUUAUUAUAAGUUCACACCAGUGAAGCUACAGUCUCAUCAGAGACUUCUGGUUUUUAUUUUUCUUUGUAUGCUAUCUUAAUAUUAUUCACAUUAUCUUCUUGUGUGCCAGAUAUUUGUGAAAAAAUUUACAAUUUUUAUAAACAUACAUAUUGUAUUAAACUUUGUCUCACUUUUCUGUUAUGUGUGGGUGUGCUAAACUUGGUGCUUCUAUAAUACAUGUAUACUAUUUCAAAGAUUAUUUUUGUUUUAAACAAAGGAAAUUGUAGUAGACAUAAGAUAUUAAACCAUAUAAGUGGAAUUUUUAGAGAGACACAAAUUUAGUGAUUUGUCUUUAAAUUAAUCGGUAUAGGAUUUUAGCGAAAAGUAAUUUUAGUGAUUUUAUAAUGCCCAUAAAGAUUAUGCUUACCUCCAAUGUGGAAUGAACCGUUCAUAAUAUUCAACAUCUACAUGUAUAAAUAUUCUUGUACAAAGAUUGAAAGAAAAUAGUUCAAUAAAGAUGUAAUUUCACUAGUGUCAAACUGAACUCAUGAAAGAAUAUGUAUGUAGCAUCAGCUUUUUAUUUCAUUCAUUUGAUCAGCUUUCAUUCCAGUGGCAUUAGGAAUUGUUACAAGAAAUCCAUGAAAAAUCAGAAGUGUAGUACAUGCAUAUUUACAUGUAUGUGCAUUUAAGCUUAACAAGAAUUUACAUUUUACUAACAUAAAUGCAUGCAUUUAUUUACAUGUUUAAUUUAUGUAAUUUGUUAUAUGUCUUUAAGUUACCAGUAGUAAAUCUUAAUUAGUGCAUUUAUUUUGCAAUAAAGAUUUCUCAACAGUA